GAUUUACGAAAGGGCUGACAGAGAUGAUGGCAUCUUCAAACCUUCACAAUCCGUCUUUAAAAGUCUUGGUGCAGAUACUUACCAGGGGGCUUUCUGACAACUCCGCAGGCGUGCGUCUCUGCACGAAGCUAAGUCUCUGCGUGACGCUAAGCGCGCGGGGCUUCAAAGUCUGUGCCCACCUCCCUUCCCCCACCGUUGGAGAAAGACUUAGCUGGUCCCCUGCGCACGCUCAGGAGCGGGUGGCCGGAGGUGCCUCCUGGCAACCAGACACCAAGUCUCGGCCUAAGGACUGAGGAGGUUGCAAUGGGCUACCCAGUCAUCCCCAUCACGGCCACCGAAAAACCAACCCAGAAGAGAUUAUCUUUUGAAAGAGAAAGAUGGUGGAGAUCCACAUUAACAGCUACUCCUGUUCCUGGCACUUACCACUUGAAAACUUUUCUUGAGGAAUCCCUAUUAAAUCCAGUGUCCACAACCUAUAAUUUUAAAAACGAAGGAAGAAAAAAACCACCUCUUGUGCACAGAAACAAUCCAGUACUGAAUGACCUUCCUCUGUACAUGCCUCCUAACUUCUUGGACCUGUUGAAGAAGCAAGUGGCCACUUACUCGUUUAAAGACAAACCACGGUCAAGCCCCGGCACUCUGGCUAGAGAUCAGUCAAUUCAGCUGUCACCAGGACAAUAUGAUGUACUUCCUCCUCCAGUUCCCAAGUAUGCUUCCAGGAACUUUGUAUUUCGUUCUACAGUUCAGAGAUUUCCAACAUCUUAUUUCACUCCUCACGAAGGUCCAGGACCAGGGCAUUACAACUUGAACAUUCCUUCAGCAAGUGCUGUUACUUCUUGUUUUCAAUCCAAAGUACCUCGAUUCUUGCCCUCCUGUUCAAAAACCCCGGGCCCAGGAGCGUACACAGCCUCAGCACAGUUCCCCAAGCAGCCCCGGAUCAUAGCCAAAAUGGGGCGACAGCACAGCCUCUUCUUCGACAACACAAUCAGCUUUUAAAAUAGAGCCGCCUUGGCCCUAAGUUAUACUCUUCGGAGAAUCUGAGCACAGAACCUAGCAGGUGCCUAGAGUGAGCAUCCAGCCUGUCCAUCUGGACGAGGCCCAGCAUAAGGCUCAGCAUCAUUUCCAGCCGACUCUCAAGAGUGUCCCGAUUUGAACAAUAAAUUUUAAUUCCCAAUCU